AUGCCAGUGCGUGGCCUAGAGCAGGAACUAAUUGAGAAAGAAAUAGCCCAAAGACUUACUGUUGAAAUUUUGGCGAAAGAGACUAUCGGUAUAGAUGGAAGUUGGUUUGCAAGAAAGUACUCUUCUUUUCAAAGAAAUAGACAAGUAGCACUCUAUGGAGUAAAUAGAACAAUCUUAUCUGCAGUUGAACAAAUAAUUGCAGCCUUAUCUAAGAUAGAGAGUAGAGUUGUCUGGAUUUGGAGUGGCAUUGUACCACUAACGGAUUUAGGUAGGAAUCCAGCACUGACCAAUCGUAUCGAUAAAUUAGAGCGUGGCUGGAAUCAGUAUCGAGCUAAGGAAGUUCAUCUGGCCCAGAAGACUUGGAAUUCAGCAGUGGGGUACGAGGAGACCAAGCGUAUGAUUAAUCAAAAAUUAUCGGAAUUGGGAGUAGAGAUAGUUAAUGCACCCUACUCAGCCGCUGCCCAGGGGGCGUAUAUGGUCCGGCAAAGGUAUUUAGAUAGGUUUUUUGGGACGACUGAUUACUUUUUGUUUGCAGGGGCUGGUAGUUUGAUUUUGGAUUUUGUUUUUGCUGAUCAGAUAAGAAGAGGUGGUGUAUCUCAUGUACGUGUAGUAGGACAUGCUGCUUUAUGUAAGGCCUUGGAAGUAUCUGGGCAUAAACUAAGUGAACUGCUUUUAUUACUGGGUUGUGAAUACUGUCCGACUGUGACUGAGUUUAGUGUGGACUUUAAGUUUGAGAAGGUCAGACAGGCCUACUUAGCUGAAUCGUCUGGUUUAAGCUGGUUACGGAGUAGUAGUGGGAGUAGUGGGGGUCAGGAGUACUUGCAGAAAUUCUUACGGGCUAAAGCUUGUGUGGAGUACCAUCCGGUCUUGACUGAGAAUGGGAACUUAGUUUGUUUGAAAGGUGGUGAGCCGCCUAGUGAUUUAGAUCUUAUUUUUGGGAAGCGAUUGCCGGAUAGGGCCUACUUAGACUUUGCUAAGGGUAGUUGUUCCUUGGAGUACUUGCGCGGUCUGGCUUUUCAAGAGAUGUACUUGAUAUGUCCAGAUGAAGUGUUUAGAGCUAUUCGUGGACUGGUGGAUGAGUUGUACCGAACGGGAGUUAAGUUUGUAGUGGAAGGUUUAGAGGGCCGGAAGGAGAGGGAUGCUUAUGUAUCAGCGCAUGAAUCGGGGGUGGGAUUAGAAUGGAAGAAGGAAGUUGGCUUGGUGGAUGGUUUAUCAGAGGCGGUGCAGAUCUUGAUUUUUUGGCUGGCUAAGCAAGAUGUAGGUUUAUUAGAUCGGGUGUUUGUUUUUAAUGCGGUUUGGGAUGAGAUAGAGUACCAGGAAGAGAUAGAUUGGAGUGUUUUAGAGUUUGUGGAAGGGGCUAAGUUUGGGCUGGAUGUAGUGGAGAACGUCUGUCGGCUGGGAGGAGGAAGUGCUAAGGAGAGUGGGAGUGAGAUGGGUUUAGAUCCAGUGAAUGGAUGGCGGAUGGCUGGAGUUCUUCAGAGUAUUAGGAAGAAGAAGGAAGUGCCUGGGGAGGCUUUUAAGUACUUGAAUAAGAACUUAGGGUUUUGUAAGGCUUUACUUCGUUUUUGUGAUAAGAAUCCGGGGAUAGCUCCGGCUUUAGCUAGUGAUCUGGCUUGUUUAGUAAGGGCAACUGAAAGGAAAUAA